CCCCCUGGCGCCGGCCUCCGCUUCCCAGAAUCCAAGAUGGCGGGAUCCAGGCAAAGGGGUGCUCAGGCCAGAGCUCGGCGGCUCUUCUGCGCUUUGCUGCUCUCGCUUAGUCGCUUCGUCGGGGGCGACGGCAUGGGAGGCGACCCCGCGGCCGCAGGCACCCCAGCGGCGCUGCCACAUCGCCGUUUCGAAUACAAAUACAGCUUCAAAGGGCCGCACCUGGUGCAGAGCGACGGGACCGUGCCCUUCUGGGCCCACGCGGGGAAUGCUAUUCCAAGUUCAGAUCAAAUUCGAAUAACACCAUCUUUAAAAAGCCAAAGAGGAUCAGUGUGGACAAAGACAAAAGCAGCUUUUGAGAACUGGGAAGUUGAGGUGACAUUUCGAGUGACUGGAAGAGGUCGAAUUGGAGCUGAUGGCCUGGCAAUUUGGUAUACAGAAAAUCAAGGCUUGGAGGGUCCUGUGUUUGGAUCAGCUGAUAUGUGGAAUGGUGUUGGAGUAUUUUUUGAUUCUUUUGACAAUGAUGGAAAGAAAAAUAAUCCUGCUGUAGUAAUUAUAGGCAACAAUGGACAAAUCCAUUAUGACCAUCAAAAUGAUGGUGCUAAUCAAGCUUUAGCAAGUUGCCAGAGGGACUUUCGUAAUAAACCCUAUCCUGUCCGGGCAAAGGUUAUCUAUUACCAGAAAACAUUGACAGUAAUGAUCAAUAAUGGCUUCACACCAGAUAAAAAUGAUUAUGAGUUUUGUGCCAAAGUGGAAAAUAUGAUUAUCCCCGCACAAGGGCAUUUUGGAAUAUCUGCUGCAACUGGGGGUCUUGCAGAUGACCAUGAUGUCCUUUCUUUUCUGACUUUCCAAUUGACUGAGCCUGGGAAAGAGCCACCUACAAUGGAUAUAGAAAUUUCAGUAAAAGAAAAAGAAAAGUAUCAGGAGGAAUUUGAGCACUUUCAACAAGAACUGGAUAAAAAAAAAGAGGAGUUCCAGAAGGACCACCCUGACCUUCAGGGGCAUCCUGCGGAUGAAAUAUUUGAGAGUGUAGGAGAUCGUGAGCUGAGACAAAUCUUUGAAGGACAGAAUCGUAUUCAUCUUGAAAUCAAGCAGCUGAACCGACAGUUAGAUAUGAUUCUUGAUGAACAGCGAAGAUAUGUGUCUUCCUUGACAGAGGAAAUCUCUAAAAGAGGAGCAGGAAUCCCAGGGCAGCAUGGACAGAUCACUCAACAAGAGCUGGAUACUGUUGUGAACACUCAGCAUGAGAUUCUGAGACAAGUAAAUGAAAUGAAGAAUUCCAUGAGUGAAACUGUCAGACUGGUCAGUGGCAUACAGCAUCCCGGCUCUGUAGGGGGAGUUUAUGAGACAACCCAGCACUUCAACGACAUCAAGGAGCACCUUCACUUAGUGAAGCGGGACAUAGAUAACUUAGUGCAGCGGAAUCUGCCAUCAAAUGAGAGAGCGAGAUGCCCAGAACUACCACCAUUUCCAUCAUGUCUAUCUACGGUGCACUUUGUUAUAUUUGUAGUGGUACAAACGGUGUUAUUCAUUGGUUAUGUCAUGUAUAGGUCUCAGCAAGAAGCAGCUGCCAAAAAAUUCUUUUGACCACCAUUUUCGUAUGUGUACAUCAUGUAUGUAUGUACAAAAUGUUGUCUUUUUGAGGGAAUUUAAGUAUUUAAAUUGCUUCAUAGUCUAAAUUAUUAAAUUUUGUAUAAAAGAACUGUCUAAACAUUGAUUUGCAGUGAGAAUAAACCUUGAAGACAGCCACAUGUAAAUUUGUGCAUAGUACAUAAAUCUAUUUAAAUUUCAGUGAAUUUCUGGCCAGUAAAAUAUAGCCACUGAACAGAAUAUUGAUAAAUAAGAGGGUAAAUAAUAGAAAGUGGGGGCCACCCCCAGAUGUGAAAUUUACCCCUAUGUCUUUGAUGUUGGAGGUUUCUUUAUGCAACAUAAACACUUGCCCUCCUGCCACCAAAAAUCUGACAUCUAAAGCUCCCCAUCAUGCUUAUUUUGUAACCAAAGUGUUUUUUGAGAGGUCAGAAUUUCCUACUCUAAGACCUAAUCCUGCAAUCCUUUAAUAUAACUCCCUUUGAAAUCAAAGAAUAUUUUGUCUGAGAGCAUAAGGAUCUGGAAAACAGACUUCAGAAUGUUUAUUGAAGUAUUUUUUCCCUCUGAUUAUCAGUGAUAUAUUUCACUUUUAAAGGAAAUUUUGGGGGAAAAUUAAGAGCUGCUCUUUGUCUAAAAAACCAUUUAGGUGAAAACAUUCCUCUGAUAAUGGUUUUUAUGGGUAUUUUGCCUCGUAAUGUACUUAUGUCAUGAUUGCUCAUAUUCUUGAAUGUCUUCAUUCCAACAGUGUCAGUUCAAUAUUAUGAAAAUAAUUUUUGCAUUUAUAUUUGUAAUUUAAGGAACUUAUUUCUUCCAUUUUGUGCAGCAUGUAAAUUCAGCUCAGGUUGCAUGUUCUGAGGAUAUUUUAGGUUCUCAAAACCUACCACUACCUUCUGCUUUACAUCACUCCAUGCGACCUGGUGUUGUGACUGCAUACUCGUUUAAAUCAAGGAGGCUGCAGUAGAAGCAGUGUUAGGAUUUUUGAAGGCGAAAUUUGAAAAAUAGAGUUAAUACUUCUGAUUUUUCUUUUAAUGCUAGAACUAAGGAUAUUGUGAAGGACUUGCUAGUAAGCUUAACCUUGAAAUGUCAGACUGGAAGGAGUUGUUAUAGUCUUUGUACAUGUUGUUCUAGGUAUUAUAGCAACAGUCUGUAAAUGACAUUUAAAAAUGCAGACUUCAUUUUGUUUUCACAGCUGAUGUAGACUUAUUUUUGUUGGCUUCAAAAUACUCUCUUACCUCUUUUAAAAGGCUAAAGUAGUUAUCUUUCAUUUGUCAUAGAAUCCAAAAUAAUACUGUUUUAUAAGAUAGUACUGUUUAAUUCUUCCAAGCCUUGAUGAAUUUGCUCUCAAAUAUCCUUUACAGAUUGGGCUAAUGGCCCAAAAUCUAUACCAAGACUA